AUGGACAUGAAGACUAUAUAUGGUCUUGUGGUGGAGGUGUUUUUGACAGGCUCUGCAGUCAGAACUAGCAUAGUCAAUAAAAUCCUCUCCAAUGGGCCCCACCUGCUGUGGGUCGAUCCAAGCCCACUUCUUAGUGUUGCAACUUUUCUAUAUCCAAGCCUGGUAAUACUCAUUUGUGCGGGUCAAACCCGUUUUCCAACCCCUUUCUCUCUUUCACGGCAAGGAACAACUGAGUGCGAGAGGUUCAUGGAGAAACUUGUAAUCGCGUUGGGCGUCUUCCUGAUGCUAGUCUCACUGGCCGGCCUAAUCGGAGUGUGCUGUCGCGUGUCGUUGCUCCUCUUCCUGGAGAAACUUGUAAUCGCGCUGGGCGUUUUCGUGAUGUUCAUCCUCAUUGUGCUUUUCUUCUGUUUCACUAUCUUCGCAUUCAUGGUGACCAACACGGGGGCUGGAGAGGUGACAUUGAGUAGAGGGUAUAAGGAGUAUAAGUUGGGUGAUUACUCCAGCUGGUUGCAGAAAAGGGUUAGUAAUUCCAAGAACUGGAACAAGAACAAGAGUUGUUUGAUGGACAGUAAGGUUUGCAAGUCUUUAAUUGAUGAUAAGGCUAACACCCAGGUUCAACAGUUCUAUCUCCAGCGCUUGUCCGCCAUUCAGGGAGGCUACGUCAGCGGAGAGGAUGAAACUCAUCCUCCCCGCGCAGGAUGCAAGUAUUACUCUUAG